AUGGAUAAAGUAGUAAAAGCUGCCAAAGCAACGCAUGAUUUCAACGAGACAUUUACGCAAAGACGACAUAAAGAAAAUGAUGAGAACACAGAAACACCAUCAGUUUUUAAUAAGAGACAUUUUAUCUCCAGUAGUUCAGUUGUCAUUACGAAAGAAGCAAGAAAAAUCAUGGACCAUAAUGCGAAGCAUGUUUUUAAGGACACCAGGAGAGCUUUAACAAAGUUAGAACUUCGUGUUAUGUGCAGUGUUGUAGAAGGGUUGAAACUUGUCCAUCGUGGUUUGGACCAUGUGAAGGAAGCGUUGAGCGGUGUAGUUAGUUAUGAAUCAUAUACAAGUAGUGAGUAUAUCACUAACUCUACCGAGGACAUGGAUUGCUCUUGCUACUACAUAAUCAACGGUGCUGUGGAAGUGACGUAUGAUAUGAAAAAAAACGGAAAGAGCCGGAGUGUCUACCAACCGAAUAUUCUUUAUAGUCAUGGUGCUGCUGAAUAUAUAGGUCUUGUUUCUCCAGACGGUGUUGAUGAUGAUCUUGCUCCACCCGCCACCAUCUAUUCAAGAGAACCUACACAUAUACUCAGAAUCAACAGAUAUAAAUUCCAUAAGGAAGUUCAUACACUAGUAGAACUACUUUCAGAGGAAAAAAGAAAGUUUCUAAGUGGGCCAGCUUGUAAAAUACCAUUACCUGAUGAUAUUAUUGAGAAGAUUCUAGAUAAACUAACUAAGCAGGAAUAUUCUAGUAAUAAGAUUAUACUAGAACAAGACUAUAUAUCUGAAGAAAUGUUUCUUUUAGUAUCAGGGAGGUGCCAACUAGUGCGAUAUAUAUCUAUACCAGAGUCCAAUAAGAGAAUUAAGGUGGCUGUUGGUGUCAACUGUGGAGGAGAUUUUUUUGGUGAAGAAUGUAUAUUAGAAAAAAAAGGAAGUUAUUGUGAAGUUAUGGCUACAUCACAAACUGUUUGUUAUAAAUUACACAGAUCAGCGUUUGAAAUAGUUCAGAAAGAAUAUCUAUAUAAUCACAUAAAAGAACAGCGAAACGAAUAUCCAGAAGAAGUUAGUUUAUUAGAAUUAGGACAUAGAUCAUGUAUGUGGAAUUAUUAUAAACACAAACAAGUCAAAUCAGCGUUAGAAGAGAAUGGUAAACUAAAAUAUCUUUAUGUUCCUGAAACAAGACGAGUUGUGGAGAGAGCACCGUCAUCAAAGCUGCAAUACAACGAGAAUCUACUGAGGUUUAUAGAAAAGGGAGCUAAAUUUGAAAAGUUUAAACCAAGAUCACAAUCGGCCAAGCAUACCAGUUCAUCUACUUCAUCUACCAGAACGAAACUUCAACGUCGACCACGUACAGUCCAUAUUACUUUGGGUGCCAAAAGAGGUUAUAACAACGAUCUGGAUAGGGAAAAUGCUGCAGACAUGAACGAUUCUUUCAAACAAGUCAGGUGUCCUGUAAAACAGACUCAAUUCGAGAAAGAAGAAAUCAGCGAAUCACAUGAAAAACAAUUAGCAAGACUUCUAUCUCAGAACUCUGAUAUGGGACGUCAGAUGAGAAUGGCUUGGGAAGAAAAUGGAAAAGAGAAUUCUGGAUUUACUAAAAGUGGUGUUUUAGCCACUAUGAAAACGGAAGAUAUUGUACGAAAGGCGAAGGAACUUGCUGAAAAACAAUCUGAGAAGAUACAAACUGGUGACAGUGGAGAUUUUAAUGAAGAAUGGCACACGUCUGUUCACGAAGAAAAUGAAAAUGCUAAAAUGUUUAUUGCUGCCAGUAAAUAUCGACUUGCAAUACUCAGACGAAAAAUGAAGAUUAUGAACUAUAAUAAAGAGAAAAAGGAAAUGAAUAAAAAAUUAACUGCACAGUCCAAUGAAAAUAGAAAAUUAUCAUAUGGCAACUUUGUUAUCGAUGAUAAAAGUGAAUCGGAGAGUGACUCGGAUCCCGAGGAUAUCAUAGCUGAUCCCGAAAGAAAACAGUAUCUGGAGAAUUGGGUUAAAACAGACGAGGAUGAUGAAGGUAACAAUCAUCAGAAAGAACCUUAUCAAGGUGAUCCUGUCGAAAAGUUUAAAAAAGCUGUAGAAUGUGUUGAUGUAGCUAAUAAUGUCGUUUUCUCAAGACAGAUGACCAUUCCGUGGAUAAAAAAGAAAUUUAUAGAACAGGAAAAAGUUACUGAACAGAUUCAGAAGGUCAUAAGAAAAGGAUCAGACGAAGAUGUGAUCAGAUUUGCUACUAUUUCCAGACGUCCUCAUUCCUCGUUUGUCUUAUCUCGACCAAAUCAAGAGAGUAGUUCAUCAUCAAUAUUACCUGCAAAUUUUCGGGCCAUGGUUGAUAGACCGAAAACUGCUGUCACUGCUGAUAGUGGUAGGCUAGGUGGACGACAUUUUAAAGAUGUAGGAAUUCUGGUCAAAAAUGCUUUGAAGCGUAAUAAAGGGCCAAUACAGAGAAUUUCGUCAAAGAAUUAUAUAAUGAAAUGA